CCUAAGGAGUAGAGAAUAAUCUGUUAGAAGAUCAAGCUAGUUAUCUCUAAGCAAAGGAAAGGAAAAAAAAAAGGAAAGGAAAGAGAGAAAGAAUUUUGGUGAACCCUCUUUAAGGAACUGUAGGACUGUUUUGGUGGGAGGGGGAGAGAGAGGCCUGACUGAAAACCACAGCAAAAUUUCACCUGUGUGCAGCACAGAAGCCAGAAGACGCUCUGAUCAGAAGCACUCUUUCCUCGGUUACAAUCUACUUUGAACUAGACAAAAACAGACCACCCUCCUCCACAAUUCAUUAUUUAUGUGCAAGCGUGUUUCGGAGGAUCAUACAAUUUGGAACUGGGCUGCAACUCACAACACUGGCACAACAAACCAUCAGAAAGAGAGAGAUUUUGAAAGAGGGAGGGAAUAUCGACAAAGAGUCACAUAGACAUAGACGGAAUAAUGAAGGCUAUUCAAAAGAACCAGGGAAGAACGGAUCAGAUUUUGGGUGCUAUGGCGGAUAUGCUGACCUCUCUGGCAAUACCCAGUCAGCAGUCGGACUCUGAGAGUAUUGAGCACCUGAAUGUGAAACAGGACCAGAAGACAACAGAACAACCCCUAUGGAACACAGAAGCACUGCAUUUGGAAGAUACACUGUCCCAGGACAGCCUGGAAAGAGUACAAAGAAACAGAGCAAACUCUUACACAGCCGCUGGCAGUGAGGGCAGUAUCUCCACCUCGGUGGCCUCUCUGCCUCCCCAGGCGUCAGGUAGUUCGGCCCCAAACUCCCCUGGCUCCCGUCGCUCUGUCAGCACCUUGAAGAAGUGGCUGACCAAUCCAGUGCGUAAGCUGAGUGCCGGGGCAGCUGGAGCAGCCAAGGGGGAGCAGCAGGUUCACAGACUGGACAGCAAACCCCCACCUCCUCCAAACAGGACCAGCCAAGACCUGCGCAACCCACAAACAACGCAGGAGCAGUUCACCAUCCUGCCAGUCAUAGACAAAGAGCUGGAGUGGAGAGAUGUUUUUUCUGCUCCGGGCGACUGUGAUCGAGGUAAUCUGCAGUCUCACAGCUACCAGUCUGAUUCUCCACAGGGAUCCACAGCACUAGGACAAACACAGAUCACCCAGUGCACCAGCCUACAGGCUGAUGAUGAUGGCUCCAUGUUGAUGGAUGACAAUUCCAGCCAAUCAUCAGCCACCAUAGAUAGUGAAGAGGAUCGUAGGAGUGCCUUAGAAAAAAGCAUGUACGUUCUCAAGGAACUUAUAGAGACAGAGAAGCUUUAUGUAGCUGAUCUAGGACUUAUUGUGGAGGGUUACAUGGCCACUAUGAAUGCUAAAGGAGUUCCAGAAGACAUGAAGGGAAAAGACAAAAUAGUGUUUGGGAAUAUUCAUCAGAUCUACGACUGGCAUAAAGAUUAUUUCCUGGGUGAGCUGGAGAAAUGCGUGACUGAGCCUGAGCGACUGGCCCAACUUUUUAUCAAACAUGAAAGAAGGCUUCACAUGUAUGUGGUUUAUUGCCAGAACAAACCUAAGUCUGAGCACAUCGUGUCAGAAUACAUUGAGACCUACUUUGAGGAGCUGAAACAGCAGCUGGGUCACAGGCUGCAGCUGAAUGACCUGCUCAUCAAACCCGUACAGAGGAUCAUGAAAUACCAGCUGCUGCUGAAGGAUUUCCUGAAGUACUACACAAAGGCUGGGAUGGACACUGAAGAGCUGGAGAAAGCAGUGGAGGUGAUGUGUUUUGUUCCUAAGCGCUGCAAUGACAUGAUGAACGUGGGUCGGCUGCAAGGCUUUGAGGGGAAGAUCACAGCACAGGGAAAACUACUCCAGCAAGACACAUUCACAGUAACAGAACAGGACAACAGCUUCCUUUCUCGUGCUAAAGAGAGGCGGGUCUUCCUCUUUGAGCAGAUUGUCAUCUUCAGUGAACCAAUAGACAGGAAAAAAGGGUUCUCCCUACCUGGAUAUAUUUUUAAGAACAGUAUUAAGAUAAGUUGUCUGGGUGUGGAGGCGUUUGUAGAGGGUGACCCCACUCGCUUUGCCCUGACGUCCCGCGCGGCUGAUGGUAGUACAGUGCGAUUUGUCUUGCACUCCUUGUCCCAGGAUAUUUGCAAGGCCUGGGUCACUGAUGUGGGCCAAAUACUGGAGACCCAACGCAACUUCCUCAAUGCCCUGCAGUCGCCCAUAGAGUACCAGAGGAAGGAGAGUAAAAGCAACAGUCUGGGUCGUAGCAUGAAGCCUCCUCUGUCAGCAACAGCUGGUCUGAGGCCGCACUCCUCAGCAUCUAUCGACCGACACAAACUGCCCUGCCUUCGCUCCUGUAACACCUCAUUGCCAUCUAUCUACCUGCCCAGUCAGGCCCCCAUUGAUGCCCACUCACAGCCAGAGUCAACACAUGUCCAGCGCUACCCGGUGGACUCCAGACUGAAUUCCCAGACAAUGUCUCCAAUUCAUGUACAGCUGGCCUUCUCUGAAGAGCCGUCUUUCUCCCAGGCACCUCUGAACUGCCAGUCUGCAGUCUCCAAUGGACUGUAUUCCUCUAGCACUCAAGGAACACAGAGCUCAGGAGAGGGUGGUCGCAGAUCUUUACCAAGAGAGGGCUGUAUGGCUGUUUCCAGUCCCUCCUCCGCUCCACUGCGUUCCAGUAACUUGGCCCAGCUUGAUGAGGAUGACCUGUGAACCCUGAAUGAAACUGAGAGUAAAAGGAAAUGAACCUUAAUCUGAUGUGUGCACCAGAGCAUGCUACAGUCUGGACUUCAUCACUAGUGGACUGUAUUCACGUCUCUUAUCUUGUGGUAUUCUUCCUAAACCUGUGACGAAUUACCUAGAAUUACAUAGACUUUUUUUUUAUUAUUAUUAUUUUUUAUUUUUUUGCAUUGUUUCCUUUUUGUUGUCUUUAUAAUGAAGUUGUGUUUUGUUCAAAGGAAAAUCAACCAUUCCUAAAAUGGGAGGCCACUGGAGCAGAAACCAGAAUAAACUUUUGUUUGAGGGUAUGAGUAUGUAUUUAGGCAAGAGUGCAUGUGUGUAUGUUUGCUUUUGGGUGUGUGUUUGUAUGCUAAAUGCUGAUGGCUUCAUCCUCGUAAACAUGCCGAAAGUUUUCCAUCAGAGAUGUGUUUUAAAAUCAGUGAACAUACUGUAUUAUAUGAGGGCCCAUAAGGGGCCCGUGCUGGAUUUUAAAGGUUUCGCACUAUUGGUGCCUCUUUACAAAAGUUCCCUUUCUAUCUCCUGUCUAUAUCAAAUUCUCUUGUGGGCUGCGUCAACUUGUAGGAGCCAAGGGGAAACAGACUUUAAAUGCAGCUUAUUUGUAUAUACCGUAUGUAGAGGAAUGAUAUGUGCAUGGAGACACGGAGGCUUGGCUUUCUCUUUCCUGAUUGGGUGAGAUACUUAUUCAUCCUUAACAUCUGCUACAAAUGGACAUUAGAGAUCACCUGCAGUAUGAGGACUUGCUCAACGGAAGGACAGACUGCCUGCUUGAAAAAUGCACUGGACCGCAAUUGUCAUGGCAGAAAAAAACAUGCAAAAUGAAAGUUUUUUUAUUUAAUCUGUGGUUCCAUUUUGGCUUUGGCUGCCCCCCUCCCCUGUAAUGCACACUGCCAGGCUUACGUUGUAGGUCUGUUGCUAUAAAAUGAGGUUUCCAAAUACAGAACAUUGUUGUUAGAGAUACAAAAUAUUGCUUAAUGUAGGCUAAAGGUAAAAUUUUAUAUCAUAAUGUGCCAAAGAGCAGGUGCCAGUACCCUUUACAGAAAAUGAAGGAUAUAUUAAACAUGAAAUGUAAUUCAAUUCAGUUGUAGAACAUAAGGAAGAGGAAUCAGUUGUUAUAAUUAAUGGGAAAACAUUAUCACAUUAGAAUGAGGGAAAAAAGAUAAAGAUGUCAGAUUCUUUUCCCCAAUGUUUAAAAAAAAAAAAAAAAAACGAAAAAAACCUUUUUAUUGUGUUUUAUUUUGUUAUUUUUUAAUGCAAACGUGCUUAGACAUUUGUUAAUGACAAACCAAAUCAUUACUUUGAAAGAUGAAUGGCAUUUUUUCCAAGAGAGGGCGCCAGAGGUCUUUGCCAAUCUAGCAUUACCUACAUAACGAAUUGUUAUUCUUUUUUUUUCUUUUUUUUUUACAGAUACGUUUCAAACCACUUUUAUUACUUCAAAUUGCAACUCUGCACCAAAAGCUUGAAAGCUUUACUGUUGGCAUGUUUAAGAUGCACUUGCAUAAAUAUCCUGAAAAUGAUUGUAACAACCCAUUCUUGCCUUGACUUAGUAUUUUAAACUUUAAAUUAAGCAGAAAUCCAAUCAUUUGACAUAGCCCUGUAUAAACUAAAAGCUUUCCUGUACUGCCUUUCCACAGAUGUGGAUCUGAAUCUUACAAUGUUGCAUGCUAUUUUGAAGAACACCUCUAGAUGAUUAAGGAAAUAAAAAGGAGAAAGAAUUGGACAUGA